AUGGCCACGGAUCCAUACCACAGCUUUGCCGCCGAGCUGCGCAACUCGUUGAGGUCAGCGCAAGAGCUAGCAGGUACAUAUUCCAAAGGCUCGGCCUCAAGCACGAACACGAACACGGACUCCCGACGAGCAGCGCACGAUGCGCUCGUAGAUGCCCUCGAAGCUCUAGAAGCGGACAUUGCGGAUGUGAGGGAGAGCGUCAAUGUGGUAUCUCGAUCGCCCGAAAGGUUUGGCUUGGAUGAGCAGGAGUUGGGCAACAGGAGAAGAUUCGUCAAGGAUUGCGAAGAGCAAUUCAAACGCUUGUCCAAAGUGCCGGGAGAGAGACCUACGACGACUCGAAAGUACGCGCCUGAUGCGGGAGAUGCGGACGCUGAUCUGGAAAGAGGGGCUUCUAGAGGAGAUGAUGAUGUCGAAGCGUUUGAGCGCGAACAGCAACAAUCAUUAUUGGCCCAGCAGGACAAUACCCUCUCGCUUAUCGGUCGCUCCCUCACUUCCCUGCGUACGCAAGCUUCCGCAUUCGGAACAGAGAUAGCCGAACAGGUGGAGCUCGUGGGAGCACUCGAUUCGGAAGUCGAUACGAGUCAGAGCAGGCUCAAAAGGGCAAUGGGCCGACUGGAUGAAAUUGCCAGACGGAGCGACGAUAGGUGUGGUGGAUGGUGUGUCUGGCUGCUUGUCGUGGUGAGUGCGUGGGGCCGCGUCAUUAGGUUUUCAUGGUACUGCCUCGUAGCGUGA